CAUAUAAUUCCUCAUCUAAUAAAAAUGCCUUCUACAACCAUGAAUGCUAGAAUCCAAUCAGGUGCUGAUUUGAGCCCAGAGACUUUAAAGCAAUUAAAUGAAUACCUCGCAAAAUUGGAGCCUACAGAAGUGCUUGAAUGGGCUAUUAACUGUUUGCCUAACUUGUAUCAAACUACUGCUUUUGGCUUAACCGGUCUUGCUACUCUUGAUAUCAUUAACAAGAUCAGCGUCGAUCGCAACCAAAGCCAUAUCGUCCCAUUGAUUUUCUUGGAUACACUUUACCAUUUCAAAGAGACAUUGGAACUCGCCGAACGAUGCAAGGAAACUUACAACGUUCCCCUCAAGGUUUUCAAGCCCAUGCAAUGCACAACCACCGCUGAUUUUGAAACCGAAUAUGGCCAAAAAUUAUGGGAGACCGAUGAAGAUUCCUACGAUUAUUUGAUUAAAGUCGAACCUGCCCGUCGUGCUUAUGAAGAACUCAAUGUCAAGUCUGUGAUCACGGGUCGUCGUCGUAGUCAAAAGGGCGAUCGUGAAGCUAUUCCUAUCUUGGAAGUAGAUGGUACCGGACUCAUCAAAUUAAACCCUCUCGCUUACUGGGACUUCCAACAAGUUUGGACUUACAUUCGUGCAAACGAGGUCCCUUACAACGCCUUAAUUGACCAAGGUUAUAAAUCUAUUGGUGAUUGGCAUUCUACUCAUGCUCCUAAUGGUGGUGACGAACGUUCUGGUCGUUGGUCUGGUCAACAAAAGACCGAAUGUGGUCUCCACAAGGACUACUUCAAGAUGCGUGCUGCAUUUAUGGCUUCCAAAAAGAAGAGAGAGACUCAACAACCUCAACAAAUUACAGCCUAAAUUAUACCAUAAUCUCCUAAACAGCAUUACAACAUCAUUUCAUUCCUUUUUCCCUUUUAUAUAUAUUAUACGUAGUUUACUCAAAUUAUAUACAAAGCAAUUAGUGCCUGUACAUACAUCAAUAAAUGACAAUUUUCUUUAAAAAAAAA